AUGUCGCCCGUACAAGAUCAUAGCACAGCUGCCUCGGCGGCGCACGGCGAGCAAACCUCGGCACCAUCCUGGAGCGAUGGCUCAUCAUGUCCCGUUCCUCACGCCAAGUCGCAGCCGCUGCCUCCUGGUCACCCCCCGGUCCCUGAUGCACCUGCCUCAACUCUGUUCCCGCCCACCGGCUCUCGUUGCAUCUUCUACCGCUCUCCGGAGGACCUCGCACAGACACCGCCGCUCUCUCGCUCGGCGUCCUCGUCCAUGCUUUCCUCCACCACCACGCUUCCAUCGCUCCACGAGCUUGCCGUCACCCACAACGCCUCUGCCUACGAGUUCAACAAAGCGCAGAUCCUCGAUCAACAAAGGAAAGAGGCCAACAUCAACCCGUUGCCUUCCGACCGCGACGGUCAGCUCGGUCUCGAUCCCAGCUGCACCCUUGUCCUCGCCAGUCGCAACAGUCAGCUGGCACUCGUUCAGAGCUCGCAUGUGAGCGCCAUGCUCGAAGCACGUUACGGCAAGUCGUCGCCGCUCUUCCGAUCGCAGGUGGAUCAGCUGAACAGCGCCUUGGAUCUCGGCAGCAGCGAGGCAUCCCCUUCUCCAUCUCCGUCCCCAUCCUCGCCACAAGCCUCUUCCCCGACAGUCCGUUUACAAGAGAUCGGCGACGAGCACUCGCACGAUGACGUUGCGUUCCUCCACGACCUGCUGCAAGGCUUUCAAGAAACAGCGGACGCACCGCUGCGUCCACAUACUUUCCCCAUCACCUCCAUGUCGACAGCUGGUGACCAGAAUUUGCGAUCGCCGCUUUACGUCAUCGGUGGAGAGGGCAAGGCUAUCUGGACCAAAGAGCUCGAGGUGGCACUCGAACAAGGCGCUGUCGAUGCCAUUGUUCACUGCCUCAAAGACGUGCCCACCGCUCUGCCAAAGGGACUCGAGCUCGCUGCCAUCCUCGAGCGCGAAGAUCCUCGUGACGCUCUCGUCGUCAAAGACGGCUUGCCAUACAAGGUCCUCGACGAGCUUCCCGUCGGUUCGGUCAUCGGCACCUCGUCUGUGCGUCGAGUAGCGCAACUACGACGCAGAUACCCCCACCUCGUGUUCAGUGACGUCCGCGGCAACAUUAAUACGCGUCUUGCGAAGCUGGAUGCUCCCAACGGUCCCUACACAGCCUUGAUUCUUGCGGCUGCCGGCUUGAUUCGGCUCAACUUGCACUCGCGCAUCACAGCCUUCCUCAGCUCGCCUGUGCUGCUGCACUCGGUUGGACAAGGCUCGUUGGCCAUCGAGGUCCGUACACCGCCCGAGGGUGCGGAUCCCACCACCAACCGGGACGCACGGAUCCGAGAGCUCGUCCGUUCCAUUGGCGAUUGGCGAGCCACCUUCCGCAACGAAGCCGAACGUGCCCUGCUCAGGGAGCUUGAAGGCGGCUGCUCGAUUCCCGUCGGCGUCGAGACGCGUUUCGAUGACCAUGACCAGGUCGAAGGACAACGCUCCGAAGCGAUCGCGCUUGUGGAUGACUUUGUCACUCAGGGCGACGCUAGUGCCAAGGCAGAUUUGCCAAAUGGCGGGGUACCGCUCAUCAAGGACGGACACACAAUCCCGGCCAGCCAACUCUCUGGGACCAGCGAAGCACCUACGUCGCCUCCGCAGCGCCCACCGCUCGAAUCGCUCGCCACAGGUAUCCAGGAGAUGGAGACUGCCAGAGCGCAGUCCAAGUUGGCCGGAGUGCCGCAGAACGCGACCACGAUUGCCGAAAAGAUUGUCUCGACGUCGUACAGCAUCGUCGACCGCUCGACCCCCGCACCAGAGGGUCGCACCCUUCAUCUCGACGCCAUCGUCGUCUCGCUCGAUGGCACAAAGGAGUCGCGCUACUCUGCCUCCAAGCAUUGCUACACAGUUCAAGAUGCACGCGAUCUAGGUAUACACGUAGCUCACGAGCUCGCGCACAAGAAGGGAGCGCGCGCCAUCCUCGAAGAAGUCGAGCGACACCGCAAGCUUGCCGAAGCAGCGGACCAACGUCGACGUGACGAAGCAAGAAAGCGAAAGGCUAUGGGUCUGCCAGGCGGUGAGCCCAACUCCAACGGCGUCGCAUUGGCGGCCGAGCACGGAGACCUCAACGCUCUGAAGAAGUCCAAGGACAGCUGGAUGCGUGGACAGACCGAGAUCAGUCUCAGUGUAGAGCUCGAAAAGUUCAGGGAGGUCCGUCAUGCUACGGGAACGGGUGGUCAGGCGGAUGCGUCGUGCGACCCACUGGAGAUGGAUCGACGAGGGGUAGCGCGCGAUGAUGGUCAGCCAAAGGCUUGGGAGGUCUAG